CGGGCCGGCUGGGGAGUGCGGGUCUGUAGUGCGCGCGCUGCCAGCCGAGGCUCCUGCCGCCGUGACCCGCGCUCCGCCUGCCGCCGGGCUGCAGGGACUCUGAUAGCUAAUGUCAGAAGAAAGUGACUCUCAGAGAACCAGCCCCUCUGUGGCCUCACUCUCCGAAAAUGAGCUGCCACUGCCCCCGCCCCAGCCUCCCGGCUAUGUGUGCUCGCUGACGGAAGACUUGGUCACCAAAGCCAGGGAAGAGCUUCAGGAGAAGCCUGAAUGGAGACUCCGGGAUGUGCAGGCCCUUCGAGAUAUGGUGCGGAAGGAGUACCCGUACCUGAGCACAUCGCUUGACGACGCCUUCCUGUUGCGCUUCCUGCGGGCCCGAAAGUUUGACUAUGACCGGGCCCUGCAGCUGCUGGUCAACUACCAUGGCUGCAGGCGGAGCUGGCCAGAGGUCUUCAGCAACCUGAGGCCCUCCGCCCUGAAAGAUGUCCUUGACUCCGGAUUCCUCACAGUGCUGCCCCACACGGACCCUAGGGGCUGUCAUGUCCUCUGCAUCCGACCAGACAGAUGGAUACCGAGCAGCUAUCCAAUCACUGAGAACAUCCGAGCCAUAUACUUGACAUUAGAAAAACUCAUUCAGUCCGAAGAGACCCAAGUGAACGGAAUUGUAAUUCUCGCAGACUACAAAGGCGUGAGCUUAUCGAAAGCAUCUCAUUUUGGCCCUUUUAUAGCCAAAAAGGUGAUUGGCAUUCUUCAGGAUGGCUUCCCCAUUCGGAUAAAAGCAGUCCACAUAGUGAACGAACCUCGGAUAUUUAAAGGCAUUUUUGCCAUCAUAAAACCAUUUCUGAAGGAGAAAAUAGCCAACAGGUUCUUUCUCCAUGGGUCUGACCUGAACUCUCUCCACACAAACCUUCCAAGGAAUAUCCUCCCCAAGGAGUAUGGGGGCACAGCUGGAGAGCUGGACACUGCCACCUGGAAUGCGGUGCUAUUGGCAUCAGAGGAUGAUUUUGUAAAAGAGUUCUGCCAGCCUGUGCCUGCCUGUGACAGUCUCCUGGGCCAGCCACUGCUCUCUGAAGGACUGAUCUCAGAUGUGCAGUGUGAUGAUUCCAUGCGAGCCGUGAAGUCCCAGCUCUACUCCUGUUAUUAGCACACUUCUGGAGAGUCACCAUGUGGAAUUCCUUUUUCCUUAGAAAUGCACAGGGUUAAGAUGCCAAGGCCUCAGUCUUGCUCCAUCAUUAUGCAGUGACGGAGCUGCCUAGAGAUUCAAGGGUGGGCCCAUCACAGGCAGACCUUUGGCAUUGCCCUGGUGAUUCCCAAAUGUUUGCAAGUGCUAGUCUGGGUAAGCUGUCUGUAUCUGUUUUUUAUGCAUCUUGGAAGCAACAAGAGUUAGAGUCACUCUGAAGUGACAAGGAGGAGACAACUGGAUUGGUAAUGACUCUGAAGCAUUUGGUCACAACUCUGAAGCAAUUUGCCAAUCCUGAAAGGUUGCCACAUGUGAAACUGUUGAGUCUCUUUCCCAGUAACUCCAGUGUUGACCUCUGUUGCUCAUCAGCAAAGUUCAAGGUUCAGUUGUCAUCACUGGGCCUGGAAAGCCCUGUAAACUGAGCGGUAGAAAUACCAGGACUCAGGCAGUACUUAAAA